AUGCCUCGCGCCGCCUCACCGACGCCCUCGGAUGGCGAGGUCGAUAUUUUCGACUCGUUAUAUACCGACGAUGUAAAUUCAAAGCAACAGGCGCCUGCCGACGCAGGCUUCGAUUUCCUUGACGAUGCGAACCAAGACGACGGCGACGAGGCCUUCAUCGCCCUCAAGCAGGCAGCCUCUUAUCGGAAAGCUGCAAACCAAACGAAAGGGACCGGUCAGAAAGGAGGUGGUUUUCAGUCCAUGGGGCUGAAUGCAAAAUUACUCUCGGCUAUCCUCCGCAAAGGUUUCAAACAGGCGACUCCCAUUCAGCGAAAAGCGAUUCCUCUCAUACUGCAACGACGAGAUGUGGUGGGCAUGGCAAGGACAGGAUCCGGCAAGACCGCGGCUUUCGUCAUACCAAUGAUUGAGAAGUUGAAGGCACACAGUGCUCAAGUGGGCGCCCGAGCUCUGAUUCUGUCGCCUUCGCGAGAACUUGCGCUGCAGACACUCAAGGUUGUGAAAGAAUUUGGAAAGGGGACGGACCUGAAGUGCGUCUUGCUUGUGGGUGGUGACAGCCUCGAAGAGCAGUUCAGCUCCAUGACGACGAACCCGGAUAUCAUAAUCGCAACACCAGGUCGUUUCCUACAUCUGAAAGUCGAGAUGUCGAUGAACUUGUCCUCGAUUAAGUACGUCGUCUUCGACGAGGCAGAUCGGUUGUUCGAGAUGGGCUUCGGAACCCAGCUCGCAGAGAUUCUGCAUGCUUUGCCAGCGUCGAGGCAGACCUUGCUCUUCUCCGCAACGCUUCCUGCGUCGCUCGUGGAAUUUGCCCGCGCGGGCCUACAAGAUCCGAGCCUGGUGAGACUGGACGCGGAGACCAAGAUUUCGCCCAAGUUGGAGAGUGCAUUUUUCUCUGUGAAGGCUGCGGAGAAGGAGGCGGCUCUUCUUCACAUCCUGCACGAUGUUAUCAAGAUGCCCACAGGUGACCCGGAAGGCCCCCCGCAAGACUCGGAUCGAUUUUCGAAGAAAAGGAAGCGAGGACAGGACGAGUCCAAUGUGGAGAAGCCCACGGAGCACUCGACAAUCGUCUUUGUGGCCACCAAACACCAUGUUGAGUACGUGGCCGCCCUUCUGCGUGAGCAAGGAUUCUCAGUAUCAUACGUCUAUGGAUCCUUGGACCAGACUGCGCGAAAAAUACAUGUUGACAAUUUCCGCCGUGGGAGGACAAACAUACUUGUGGUCACAGAUGUGGCCGCGCGUGGUGUUGAUAUUCCAGUGCUGGCAAAUGUCAUCAACUACGACUUCCCUCCUCAGCCAAAGGUCUUUGUUCAUCGAGUUGGAAGAACUGCUCGAGCGGACAAAGAAGGUUGGAGUUACAGCAUCAUGCAAGACUCCGAUGCUCCCUACCUGAUCGAUUUGCAGCUUUUCUUGGGCAGAAAGUUGAUACUGGGUCGAGAAGGCGGUAGCUCCCCAUCCUAUAAGACUGACAUGGUGGUUGGUUCUCUACAGCGCUCAGAAAUCGAGUUGCAUGUUGAAUGGCUUAACAAGUUGCUGAAGGAGAACGAAGAUGUCAAAGCUUUACGAAGUGUUGCUGCUAAGGCAGAAAAACUCUACACAAGGACCAGAAACGCAGCAUCAAGUCAGAGCGCAAAGAGAGCAAAAGAGGUGGUUGUGUCGGAUGGAUGGAACCAACUGCACCCGCUGUUUGGGGAGUUUGAUGAUGAGGUCGAGAACGCGCGCAAUGAUAUGCUGGCUAGAAUUAGCAAGUGGACGCCAAAGGAGACCAUUUUCGAAAUUAACAUGGGCAAAAAGACCGCCACGAACCCUGGCGCAGAAAUCAUGAGGAAGAUCCGGGCCAAAAUCAUACCAAAGAAUCGCGUGGAGAUGAAGGGCGAUGCAGAGGCAGCGGCUGACGACGUUGACAUGGCCGAUGCACCAUUAUCUAAUUCCAGCCGGGAAGAGGGCGAGGAGGACGAGAGUGAUGACGAGUCCGUGCAAAGCAAAGACGACGAUGAUCCUCCUUCCGAGGAAGACGAUGAGGAGGACGCCUUCAACCACGACGUGAUUUACCCCACCGACAACACGGACGCAUCCAAGAUGGACAAAAAGAAAUCCUACAAAGACUCGGAGUUCUUCAUGUCGUACACGCCGCGCACAAUCAACGCGAACGAGGAGAAGGGCUACAGCGUCAACGGCGGCGGGCCAUCCUUCGUGCAGGCGGCGCGCGACGUGACGAUGGACCUGACCAACGACGACGGCGCCAAGUCGUUCGGCGAGCCGGCGCGGGCCAAGAUGCGCUGGGACAAGAAGCAGAGCAAGUACGUGUCGACGGCCAACGACAUGGACGGGUCCAAGGGCGCCAAGACGCGCAUGAUCCGCGGCGAGUCGGGCGUCAAGAUCGCCGCGUCGUUCCAGUCGGGCCGCUUCGACCGCUGGCGCCGCGAGCACCGCCUGGGCCGGCUGCCCGGCGUGGGCGAGAUGGAGAAGACCGGGCUGGCGCGGCUGGCGAAAGAUGCCGGGCCCGGCGGCGGCGGCGGCGACGGUCCCGGGGCGGGUGGGCGCCACUUCAAGCACAAGCAGGAGAGGGCGCCCAAGGAGGCGGACAAGUUCCGCGACGACUACCACGUGCGCAAGAAGAGGGUCGCCGAGGCCAAGGAGAAGAGGAUCGGCAAGUUCAAGGACGGCGCGGGCAGCAGGCGCGAGAUCAAGAGCAAGGACGACAUCAAGAAGUCGCGCAAGAUCGAGGCCCUCAAGAAGGCCAAGAACGCCCGGCCGUCGAAGGGUGGCAAGAGGUGA